AUGAAGUUCACUACUUCUCUCGUUGCCUUGGGUCUCGUUGCCCAGACCCUGGCCACCCCUACCCUCGUCGAGCGCAAGGCUUCCGUCGUCCGACGUGAUCUUGACGCCUUCGAGUCCGUCCUUUCUGCCGUUGGGGAUUCCGUCGAUAGCUUCGACACCGAUGUCAAGGCCUACUCUGGCGGUGACACCACCAAGCUGCUCUCGGACUCGAGCGACAUCAUCACCGUCACCAACAAGGGUGUCAGCACCCUCUCGAGCCAGGAUACUCUCUCGCAGGAUGAUGCUCUUUCGCUCACCUCUCCCGUGCAGACCCUGACCAAAAAGAUCGAGACGGCAAUCAGCGAUCUCAUCGACAAGAAGUCUGAUAUCGUUGCUGCUGGAAAGGGUGCCACCGUCGAAUCCAGCCUUCAGGAGCAGUACGACGCUGCCAAGAAGCUCUCUGGCACCAUCACUGACAAGGUCCCUUCGGCUCUGUCUGGUAUCGCUGCCUCUCUCGCUGCUGGUAUCACCGAUGCUAUCCAAAAGGGUAUUGAUGCCUACCAGGGCACCGGUGGCUCCACUACUACUGGUGGCAGCACUGGUACUGCUACCGCUACCGCUACCGCCACCGACACUGGCUCUGCUACCAGCGCCCCGGGCUCUACCACUGCCCCUGUCACUGACACUCCCACUGCUACUGCUACUGCUACUGCUACUGCUACUGCCACUGGUUCCGGCUCUGCCGUCCCAACCAACCCCGGCACUGCCACUUCGUCUGGCGUUCUCCCCGGAAGCAGCGCUACUGGUACUGGCGGCUCUGUCCCUCCGGCUUUCACCAACGCUGCCUCCCUCAACACGAUCAACACUGCCGGCGCCCUCGCCGCUGUUGCUGCCCUGUUCGCUCUCUAG